CCCGACGCCGCCGUGCAGCGAGGGCGGGCUGGAGGUGGCGCGUGCGCCUUGGAGCUCUGCGCCGAGCCCGGAGGCCACGGGGACAUGCAGCAGACGCAACUCAUGCUUGGCUGCGACACGACGACUCCUGUCGUGAAGCGGAAGAAGGGGAUAGGUCCACUUAGCACCAUUAUCUUGUAAUCUUUUGCCACUGCCGUUUGUUGCACAGGAAGUUCCCGAAUUUACCCUGAGAAGUUAAAUUGCACUGUACUGAAAACUGACUUCCCAACGUCAUUUUGGGAACUUCCGAUGUACCAGACGGCAGCGACAGACAGACGAUUUAAAGGUCGUGGUGCUAAUUAAGUGGACCUACCCCCUUCUUCCGCUUCACGGCAGCAGAAGUGAGCGGCGCUCACCUCUCGCGGACGAUGGCAACACCAGGCUGCCCAGGCCCUCCAGGAACGACCUCAUCGCCACGGCCGCGCGCUCCAGGGCGGUCCCCGGCCCCGGCGGCAUCCUCAGCCUCGUGCCCUCGUCCCCGUCCUCUUAGGAGUCAACCUGACAUCCCCCUUUACUCUCCGCCAUCGCAUCUCGGAACGAUCCGACGCUCUAGCGCGUCGGGUCGUCAGGGUCCCCAGCCUGGGCGGCGCCGCCCCCACCACCCCCAGGCGGCCCCGGCGGCCCCCCAGGCGCUGCUGUCUCGGCACGACAACAAUGACUUGGGCAAGGCGGUGCGACGCGAUGGCGGUGCUGCGCGGUGACGUGGACCAACUCUCGCUCCCCAGCGACUCGGAGAUGACCGUUAUCAGGGUGUGCAAGCAGCGGCGCCUCUGCUCGCAGGGGCCGCAGGGCGAGCCGGGCGACCCUCCCCACAGCCCGUCGCUCGUGAACCUCGCCGAGGGCGAUGAGAACUGCCUGGAGCCGCUCACGUCCUGGGUACGGCGCGACCGCGGCCGUCGAGUCGGCCCACGCCUAUCUGUCGCGGGCGGCAAACAUAUGCUCCCCGCGGUGGUGCUUGACCCCACGCCCGCGUCCUCUUAUAAGGGAGUGUCGCCGCGGGGGACGGCCCUGGAGCUGGGCGACGUGCUUCUCUGCUGCCCGCCGCGGUCGCGCGUCGGCGCGUGGACGCCGCCCGACACCAGGAGCAGGUCGCCGCCGACAGUCGCCGCGGACAAGGAGAGCGCGGACCUCGAGGACGACGUCGAAGCUGCGCGCAUCGCCACUCAGCCAGAUAGGCCGGUCGAGGACAAGCAGGUGCAGACGUCGUGGUGGCGGCCCGCCUGGGACUGGGUGGCGGCGUGCGCGGGCUGCUCCAAGGAGCUCGCGGAGCACGCGCCGGCCCGGGAGAGGCGGCUCAGCGACACCAGGAGCAGCGCCAGCAGCGUGCCCUACGGCUACGUCACCCCCUGACUGAAUACAACGCAAAAAAAGUCGUUUUAACGUUGGCCGUUUCAUGCGUGGUGGCGAGGUGGCCAACUUUGGCGAGGGGGAGUGGUAGGGGCGUCUCCGUCUCAAGGGAGCUCUAGCCUCGGCUCUAGCGAGCGGCCCCGGGGGCGAUCACAAACUGUGUCCACCGCCCCGCUGGGACGGGGCUGGUGCUGGUGCUCCGGUCAGACAAGCAGGGUCGAAGGAGAGUACGGCCGAACUUCUGCUACCCUUCCCUCCGCCCCUGCCCCCUCGCUGCUAACCUCCUUAUAUCACUCAUUUGGCGCCGAGAUUCGGCUCGACAGGUGAGGUGAGAGCUUUGGUCCUUUCAGCGAGGGGUCGUCAACUCCGAUAUUCCUUCGUACACGGACUGAUAUUACUCUAAUAUUACUCUAAUAUUACACAUAUUACUUGAUAUUCCACAAUAUUACCCGAUAUUCCACAAUAUUACCCGAUAUUCCACAA